AUGAAAGGGCAAGCAACCCCAAUAGACAAUCCCGAAGCACUCCUGAACGGCUACCACCUGACUUCCCAAACCUUCAGAACUACACAGACGCUGACUGCACAUACCUGCACAUCCGGCAAAAUCGAGUCAACUUCCAUAGGGACGAUAAAUCUCUUCGACCAGAAACGCCCUCUACAACACCCCUCCCUGAUCACCAACAAACGCACGGCCAUGUCUUCCAGCACCCGACCGGAAGAUAGUGUCAUUGAUUCACACAGCGCAUCUCUUGAGAAAGAGCAUAAAGCAAGAGUUUCUAAGCUGGCAAAGAGAAAGAGAAACGUGGAAGAUACAGAGGGCGGAGGAGCUCAUGAAGCGGGUUUACUCGGUGCUAAGAGACACUGCGCGGAAAUUUACAAGAUGAAUCGAAGCGCUCAGUCUGACCAACAAGGGGCAAGCAAUCAGCAAAUGAGCGACACCAAAGGGCAAGGAAUCGAUGAGAUGAACAUCGACAGCAAUAACAAAGAGGCGAGCUGGAUUCCAAGCUCAACGAAGAAGAUGGGGAUCAAGCCUGGCAACGAGGUCAAGAACGAUAUGGAUUGGGCCGAGUAA